AUGCCUGGCCAUCGUGAGGGACCGUCCAUCGAUGGUAAGUGGACCGACCUAGAGAUCCGUUGCCAGGACAGAACAUUCAGAGUACAUCGUGCCGUUGUCUGCUCGAAGUCUGCGGUAUUGGCAGAGCAGUGUGAGGUGAUAACCGAGGCAGCCCAUGGCAAUGCCAAUGUCAUCGAGCAUCAUGCAUUCGAUGCUCAGACAGUGGAGUACAUGCUUCGUUGGAUGUAUGAGGAAGAUUACAGCCUGGCUGUCGAUUCGGCUGCCGACGAUCACUCAAUCUCGAUGAGCUCGAGCGACGAAUGCUCUAGCCAGCUUGUAAUCAUUGACCCGGCCGAACCCAAGGCGAAGGGGGACGCACUGUCACACGUGCACGUCUAUGCCAUUGCACGAUUCUAUCAACUACCAAAGCUCCUGGACCUCGCUCUAGAGAAGUUCGCGUGUGCUGACACAAUACAGCAGCUCGACAAUUUCCCUGGUGUCUUAUGUGAGGUGUACAAACACACCACAUCCGUUGAAGAUCCGCUACCAGAGUUGGAAGCAAAGCUCUUGAACGAAGAAGGUACAGUCGAGUCGCUUCGUGAUCAAGUCAGGAUCAAGACAGGCGAGGUGGGUACAUUCGAGUUGCAGCUGAAGGAAUCAGCUGGCGAGCAAGCGACCCAGUCACGGCAGCUUGCGCAGCUCACUCGGGAUCUUGAAACCAGGGAGGACGCUUUCUCCGCCAUAAAACAGGAGCUCACGAGUUCCAACAGAGCUUUACAGAUGAGUAACAGCGUAAGCCAGGUCAAGCAGGAACAGGCAGAAGCAGCGAUUCAGAAGUUAAAGCAGACAAACGAGAAGUACAAAGCCGCCGCAAACGAGGCGAGCUACUUGAAGCAGCUCUCUCAGCAGCAGGCUAAGGAAAUCGAGAGGUUCAUCACCGCAGAUCAGAACGUGGCUGCUUCUACUGCACAAGUUUUCGCAUCGCAGGCAAAAGUCAUGGAGGGCGCCGCUAACCUGUUCACCGCAAAGAGUAUGGAGAAUGCUGCAAAAGCAGUGGAGCAGAAGCUGCAAGAUAUUAUAGAGGAUGCUAUUGGGACGAUCGCUCGGGCUCAAACCGCCAUGCCGUGA